UCAGUCGGUAGUGACAGUCGACCGUUGGCGGAUCUAUAUCUCCCACGGGUCCCCAGUACGGGAAUAUUCGAUUCUUGUGCUGUCAGACAGCCGGUGGACAGUUAAAAGAGUGAAACACUGUGUGAGUGUGUGAGACUCUGUUCCUCGUACUUCCGUAUCUUUCAGCCGCUGUUCCGGUGUCAGUCGCACGCUUUGUCGCAGAUAGGCAGGUGAUCGUGCAAGGACUACAGUGCGAAUUAAGAACAUUUUUCACACGAAAAAUACAACUUCAAUUGAGAGUGAUUGUUUAUCGAAAAGUGGAGUCCGGGUUUCCUUUGCAUCCCACCAACAUUCGACCAUGUUUAGCUUCUUCAAACGUUCAAAGUCACAGAAAGGAAAACAAAAACACGAUAAACUGCAACUGCCACCUGAAUCGCAACCAACGGAAGAGUGUGACCGCGAGGAGCACGGACCCGCAAAAAAUGCUCCCGAAGACGUGCGGCCGCCCGCAGAGACGUGUGCGAAGGUUGCGUCUGAUGCGUACGCAAGCGCAAACGCGCCACAGACGGGUGCGCUAACAAGUCAUGCUGGCGACGAGGAAAACCAAGCUAAAAAUAGCACAAGUCGAUCACAACCACCACAACCACAAGCAUCAACACCAAUACCAGCCCCGGUUCCGAUGGGAAGCAUCGGAAUUUUGGCACCUUUGCCGGUGGGCUGGGAAGGGCAGGGUACUGCAGAGCAACGGCAAUUGUUGCCUUCGAAGUGGUCCGCUUCGGGCGUUUCGAAGGGUGCGGACGAAGCGAACGGUCCACAGCGAACGGGCACGAUCAGCAUCGAUCGAGUCAGUGCGAGUGGUCCUACGCGCCAGUACGGUUCGGACGCGAACGAUCCGAUCCACGAAAACGAAUCCUCCCCGCAGCAGCAGACGACGGUUGUCCCCGGGUACGACGGUAGUCGCGAAACUUCGACCAGCCCGAUCGAUGACAGCGCUGGCCGGUCGAGGGAAACGCAGCCCAACGCGACCAGUUCGAAUCCGUACGCGCCACCGAGUGAAAGUGCAAUGGCGAAAGGGAAAAAUCGACGCCGUUAUCAGCAACCACAGCAACAACAACAACAGCAACAUCAACAACACGUGAAAGCAACACAGCAUCCGAAUGGGCUUAAGCUGUCCCUGCCGAAAGGUGAUUCCAGUGGAGGUCAGGAUGCGUCCCAAGGCAAGCAACACCUGUCAAACCUUCCGGCGGCGAUGACUAUCGUUACGGUCGAACCGAUCAAGGUUAGAGAGACGAUGGUGGAGGCACCCCGGCAGGGUGAUGGGGCAACCGAGCCCCACCUACCGAACGGUGACGUCACCAAACCCGACGGUAACAAACCAACACGAACAGCCGACGCGUUAGCGAAGACACGCACCAAUGACGGCGACGAAAGCGUGGCACUAGUAUCGGAGAACGCAUGCGCAACACCGUUGGCAGCUGUCACUAACACUAGCGCACCACACACCGUUGAGAACGUCACCGGUGAGCGGCAGUUAUUAAAUAUCAAAAAUGGUUCACCCACUAGCACGUACGGCGACCGUCACGAACACUACGAGGCUGCCGGGGAAGUACGGAACACAACCACACCGGUAGCUGAGGAUCGUGCCCUCUGUUCGUCGGACGCGACGAUCCUGACCGCCAGUAGUAAACCGGUCGCGAACCUUACCAUAUCGGAGUCGAAUGCCGCCAACAGGGGCGGUGAACGAGCAGAACCAACAGUAACCGAGCAGCCAACCAUCCAGGAAAUGGGCCAACAGCCAAGCCGUGCCGGUAGCGAACAACGAGCCCAAACGACAGCGAGGUCUAAAUCAUCGUCACCGCCGUUACCACCGCCACGCAAUCAGCGCACGCCGUCCUCAGUACUUCCUUUGCUUGAUCUUGAGUCGGCCACACGUCACACCACGGUUGUGACGAUCGUACAGGAUGCUGCUGGGGACGAUACUAGCGACGAUCGGGAUGUCUUCUACGAGGCAACCGAAACGAUCGCACCGGCCUCGCCAAGUGCGCCGGACGAUCGACGAGCAGACUCCGGGACCGGUGCCACCGGUACACCGGAACCGAUCCGCGCUAGCUUGGUGCUUAAGCUCGCCAACCAUCCGGACAUCCAGAGCCAGCAGCGUGAAAGUCCGCAGAAGAAGCAGGUUAGCUUCAAGCUAACGCAGAACGGUAGUGAUGAUGUGGACGUGACCAGUGUCGACAGUAGUGACGUGGACAGUGACAGUGAAGAGGCCCAGCCAGCCAUUCAAACACCACCAUCACCAUCCGACACCACACCGUACAGUGGCAAUCGUUGUACUGCAUUUAGUGAGAGUCAUAACAGCAACCCACCGCCAUACGGCGUCAGUGCGUUCGCGGGUGAGCAGGGCAAUAAUUAUAUCGAGUUUCAAUACGAUCACAGUGCAGUUCCGGGCGAGCCAAAGCCAUCGAAGGCGGAUGGCGGCGAAGUGGAAAAGUGUGCCGAUAAGGAGCAGACCGCGCCGGGCGUCCUGAUCGAGGACAGUGUUGCCAGCCUACCGGAUGUGGUGCAGCCGUCCAACAUUGAGCCGACCACCUUCAGCACCGUUGACAAGAUCAACAGUGAAAUGAAGGAUCUGGUCAACCAGGAGUCCCGGUACAGCGCCAAACUAGAGGAGGCCGAAAAGCGUGUCAAGGAGGCAAACGUUAAGGUCUACGAACUGCAGCAGAAGCUCGAUGCUGUCGAGCGGGAUGCGCUGCUCAAGGAAUACAACGUGGAACGUCUACAGGCGGAACUGGUGGCCGCCCUAAAGGAAUGCGAAGGCAUACGGGCCCGGCUGACGACGCAGCAGACCGAGAUGGAAACGAUAAGACUGAAGGCCUCCGAUCGCGAGGACGAACUUAAUCUCAAGUAUCAAAAUUUGGAAAUCGAACAUUUGGAGCUAACGGAAAAGCUGGCCGAGGUGCGGAAACUGGCCCACGACCUUAACAGCCAGCUGAUCGACGCUAAAUCGGAAGUGGACCGGCUAAAGGAGGAACGCCAGAAGCUGCUCGACGAGCGUACCGAGGAGCAGAAGGUAAUGCGCGAAGCGCUGGAAGAAUCGGUACGCGAACGGGCCCAGGUCGAGGCAAAGUGGAAGCAAACCUUCGAACAGUUGCGCGAUGUAAAUAAUGCGCGCGAGGAAGAUCUGAUGAAGGACUGCGAGUUUACGAUCCGUUCGAUGCAGAAAACGUGCAAGGAGAAGAUGGAAACGGUCGAGAAGGAACGGAAGCAAGCACUGGAACAGGUGUGCCGGCUGGAAGAGUUGGCACGCAAGCGGAACGACGAGGUACGUCAUCUGAAGUCGUACGAAGCGGAGGUGGAACAGCUGCGCGGUCUGACGUACGAUCAGAAGGAAUCGCUCGCCGGCAUGACCCGACAGGUGGAGAGUUUGAAGGCCGAGCUGGAGACGGCAUACAACAAGCUCGAGGAGGAGAUGGUCAAGGUGCAGCAGAUUAAGAAUCGAUGCGAAUAUCAACUGUGUGAGAAGGAACGAGAAGCACUCAACCGGAUAGAGAUUGCACGGGGCGAAAUAGCGAUGCAAUGGGAGGAUCGGCUACUGCACGAGAUGAACCGGCUUAAGGUGGAGCUGGAGCAAACGCACAUGGAAGAGCGCACCUCGGCAAUCGAGAAGCUACGCCGGGAAGCACUGGCCGAAACGGAGGCCAUGAGUCAACGGUUUAGCGAGCGUGAAAAGCAACUUAAAACUGAGAUCGAAUCUCUCAAAGCGAAGCUCGAGCAGCAAAAGAAAACGAUGGCAAAUGCGCAGUCCGAAGCUGACCAAAAGCUUCUCCAGUCCCGGAUGUACGUCGAGCGGGCCGAGCGAGAACACGAACGCAAACUGGCUAAAGAAAUAUCCGCGAAGGAUGAAAUUAUUGAAACCCUCAAGCAACAGUUUGAACAGCAAAAGAAAGAAUUGGAACAGGACUUUAGCGAACGGAUUCAACAGGUACAGGAAGAGUUUGCGCGGGAGAUAUCCGAUACGACCGAGUUGAUGAAGACGGCACACAAAAAGGAGCUAGAAACACAAUGGAAAGCGCUCGUUGCAGAGAAGGAAGAAGCGCUGCAUCUGAUGGACAGUCGAAACCGAAACCGGAUUGAGGAUGCUGAGAACAAAAUCAGAGAGCUCACGACCGGCCAUCAGCGGCAGCUAAAGGAUCUGCAGGAAGAGCAUACCUUCGUGGUGCAAAGUCUGGAAACGCGGGACACGAAGAACGCGCAAGAAAUUCAAACGCUCCAUAAAAAGUGCCGCUGCCUAACGAGUCUUUUCGAAGAGAUGCGUCUCCGCUACGAGCGACGAGAGUCUCGCAUGGAGGACCUGCAGCAGAUCGAAGAGUUGAAGAUCGUGAUCGAGUCACAGGAACGUGACCUACGUCAGCUGACCGAACAGCUGCGCGAGUUGCAAUUGCAGCAGGAUCAGCAUCCACCGCAAACGCCUCGCCGUUCGAAGCCAAAUCGAGGCAGGCAGCAGAAACAACAGUCAACUCCGCAGCAACAGCAGCCCGGUAACAGACAACAGCAGCAACAGCAGCUUCAGGGUAGUAAACAGCAGCAGAAAAAAGGACGUCCUCAAAACCCUCCUGCAGAACCGCAACAGAUCAAUGAAAUCCCGCUCGUGGAGGAUCACCGAGAAGUUGAGGAGGAGAUCGAGUACGUAGAGUCGGGUCCAUCGGAUGCUCCCCAAGUGGUCAUAGUUCCAUCCGCUCAAGUGCUACCCCAAAUGGUACAUCGAUCGCAGUGUGAAGUGAUCUACGAAGAGAAUGAAGCCGAUAUACUGCGCGAAGAGGAGGAGGAAGCAGCACAAUUGGUCGAAGAACAGCAGCAGCAACAGGAAGAUAAUGUUGAGGACCAGCCGAAUGUGGAAAACGAGGAACCGAUUAUAGAAGAGGUUCAGGACAAUAUGGUAACGGUGGUGGAUGUGCCCGAGUCUGCGAUACAAACCGAAGAUCGAGUAAUACAUUCGACAACUCCGACGAUUAUUGAAGAAAUGGAUAUCGACGACAUGGCAGAACAACAAACCACCGACCAAUCGUCGGAAGAUAGCUGUUCAACCGAUGUCGCAAAGUCGAUCAUUGUUGUACCGAUCGAAAACGUAACCGAACCAAUCACCCAACGUCCGCGUGCAUCUUCAGCACCAAGAAUUAUCAUCACCGAUGACGAGAAAGAUACGGAUGCACUGGACCUGGAGAGUACGGUGGUGGAAAUAUCGGAAGAUGCUUCUCCGGUUGCAAUUGAACUAGCGCCCGUAUUUGCCAAACCUUACCCGGCCGCCACGAAUUUGGUCACCGAUAGUGUUGGAGAUAGCGGAGCACAGGCGGUUCCUUCGACACCGGAGAUAGUGGUACCCCAUCUACCGGAAGGAACCUCCGUAGACUAGUGGGAUUGGACUAUAAUCGUACUCCUAUGUUCCCUAUGUACGGCUUCGCGUACACUUUAUCUCUAGUUCCAUGUGGAAAUGUAUUAUCUUUUUGACGAUUGAACAUAUCUUACAUGUUAGCUAACAGCAGCAGCAGCAGUAUAAGAAACACUCCAUAAUUAUUUUCGUUCGGAUCGGACGGAUGUGGUGUUUGGUGUCGUCGUCCACAAGAUUUUGCUUUAGCUACUAAGUCGUUCGAUUUCGGUCGACUGUCACCCUGCUAGCGAGAAACGGUUCCAUUCUAAUGUCCGAACCCCUGGCUGGUGGUAGAUAAACGGGGCAGAUAUCGCUUUUGAUACCUUCCAACGUUUUUUGGUUAGGUUGGCCCAAUCGCCCAACCGUUACUAGUUAUUGCUAUUAUUUCUAUUAUUAUCUUAUUUUAAUUUCGCUACCUAGAUUUGCUCUUUCCGGCACUGUACAUAUAGCUAUUUACUUGCCUGCACAUUGUAAACGUCUCCUUUGAGACUUUCCAGCGCAAGUUCGACGGAUCAACGUAAUUGAGUAGUACUUAAUAAACGAAAAGUUCAAAUAAAUUAAACAAAUGA